AUGUUUAUUGCAUAUUUCUACAGACCUUUUCUGAUAACCAUAUCAAGGCGUUCUGCUCUUGUCUUGGGUAGAAAUGUUUCUUCAUUUUUUCCUCUGAAAACUCGAGAACUUAUUAGUAUUCGAGGUGGUGCCACGCUUGAUUUUCUACAAGGAUUAAUGACCAAUGAUGCUCGCUGUUUGGAAUGCAAACCCUCUGUUUUAUUUUCGUUAUUUCUGAACGUGAAGGGUCGUGUAGUUUGUGAUUCUCUAAUCUAUCAUGUUGAUAAUAAAGAUACAGAGGAGCCGCACUAUAUAAUUGAAUGCGAUAGCAAAUGCAAGCUAAACUUACUUAAUCUUCUGCGUUUCUACAAUAUUCGCAAAAAAGUCCACGUUUCAGAAGAGCCAUCGAUUAGAGUUCUCACUAGCUUAAAACCCUCAGAAGAAGAUUUGAAUUUCAAUCGUGCUUUGUUUGUUAGUAAGGAUCCUCGUCCUGUUCCCGGUUGGUCAUGGCGAAUGCUAGUUCCAUCGGAUGCCGUUUCCCAACCGGCUACUUCUUCAAUCAAUCAUGAAAGGCUUUACCGGCGAGUUCGAUAUUGCCUUGGGCUUCCAGAAGGUGCUGCAGAGUUCAGAGCAAACGAUGGGUUACCUCUGGAGGCCAAUGCAGAUAUCUGCUAUGGUAUCAGUUUCAAUAAGGGCUGUUAUAUUGGCCAGGAGUUAACCGCUCGCUCGCGAUUUGUCGGUGUUAUUCGGAAGAGAUUAGCUCCAAUUGUUUUUGAACUUCCAGUAGAUCCCGACAUCGUUCCCAUUGAAUCGCCAAUCUACCGCAUUUCCAGUUCAACCAAUUCCGUGGUAGGAAAUCGUCCAGUUGGAUGGGUCCGGGGCAUUGAAGAUCCCCUGACGGGUUCGACGGAGAAACAAGUAGGAUUGGCUCUUCUGCGAAUGGCAGAAUGCGCUGAAGCAAUUUCCAAGGGUGACCAUUUUUGGGUCGAUGUUUCCGAGGCUGCGACAGCCGUAUCAGCGGAGUCAAUAAUCGAGUCUUCUGGGAAUAGAAUUGUUCAUCCCUUUGUUCCAUUUUGGUGGGAAGAUGAUAUUGCAGUUGGAAUUCCAAGAAUGGGCAAUCCUCUCCCUGAUUAG